AUGGCGACGAGCAAUGUAAAGCUCUUAGGAGCGUUGCCAAGCUCAUUUACAUUACAGGUUCAACUCGCUCUCAACAUAAAUUCUGUCAAGUAUGGAGCUCAGGUCCCUCCAUCCUCCCUUCUGAUACCUAUGAUCACGCCGUCACCCUUUUCUGGACAUCCUAUAUUUGACCAGAAGUUCUUUCCACCACUGGAAGUGAUCGGGGCGACACAAGACGAAAAGGAAAGGACAGUGGCAAUAAAGCAAGUGGUUGUAAUAUUGGUGCUACUGGAGGAAGCAUUUGUCAAGUGUAGCGAAGGAAAGGCUUUCUUUGGUGGGGAUAAUAUUGGGUACCUUGACAUUACAUUCGGGUGCUCCUUACCAUGGCUGAGGAUGACGGAAAAGAGGAGAGGUGUGCAACUGCUGUGA